UGUGAUUCCAGGGUAAGGUAAUAUAUCUGAAUACUAAAGGACAUCAAUUCUUCAAUCAACUCUGAAAUAUUUAAAGCCAUAUCUCUUGUUAUACAUUAUUUCUCAGCGAUUGAGGUCAAAUUUUAGGCCUGCGACCAACAUUGGGGGUUGAGGGGAGGUGUGGACAGAUUUCAAAGCAGAAUUCUGGCCAAGGGAGCUUGGAACUUGUGCCUCGGCUCCAGAUGGCCCGGUGAAGGACUUCUGGGAGAGAAGCUGAGAGCAGCCACCUGACAGGAGAGGAGGGAACCAAUUGGUUCUCAGGAGCCACCACACCAGUCAGCCAUGGUGAGCAGCCUGCCAGGCAGCAGGUGCCUAGCACGCCAGAGGAACCCGCGCGCGCAGUCAUUUCCUCCCCUGCAGCUUUGGACUUCAGUCAGGAGCUUUCUCUCUCCUAUUCUAAGCAAAAAUGGUUAAGGCCAACUGAUUAUUGAGACCCCCUCCCCCCGCUCAAAAAAAAGUAAGACACUUUAUUUCAGUAACUGCUUCUCCUCCCUGAAGCAGCGACAAGCUGGCUUUCAACGGCGCUCUCCCCUUUGGUAUGGGGUCAGCAGAAGGGUGUUUCGUCUUCAGCGAGUGGGAAACCCCCUGUCUUCAGUGUGUUCUGCCCACGGGGAUGGGGCACUGUGGAUUUUGGUUUUGAAGCUUGUCCAGAGUCACUCAAGAGAGACAAAGCCGCCAUUCUACUGUGUGCUACCCAACACCCACCAGCAAACUUCAGAAGACAAAGAGGGAUAUCAGAUGGCUUCAGGGAGUGACUGGUGAAUGGUUUGAAGAAAUUCAAAGAAAAAAGUUUUGCAACGAAACAGAUGUUAGCCAGAUGUUAAAACAACCACUUACAUACAGGCUAAGGAAGGAGAUGGCAAAAAAUGAUCCAAUAGAAUUACCUACAUCAAGAUCUAAAAAUGUAACUAAUCAAAAGAAGCCAACACCUUUUUCUUCCCGGAUGAGCUUCAGGUCGUCAUUUGCUUCCCUGUUCUCAUUCAGGAAAUCUGGAAAGGAGACUUCAAAGCUUCCAUCGCUGGGACAGAAAGGAUGCGACGGCCACGCAGGACCUCCCGUGCCUGUGAGGGGAGCUGCUGUGCAGACAAAAAUAUACAGUUCACCUCUGGAAAAUCAACUAGUUGACAGUGCAUUUGUCCCAAAGCCAGCAGUCAUGAGGGAGGAGAGUGGCAUGCCUCCGCCGUGGGAUGCUUCACUGCUGGAGAAUGAGUUUUUCCAAGUUUUAGAUGACUUGGAUAGCAAAUUGGCUCAGGAACAGUCUGCAAGCUCAGUGAAUACCAGAACACCCCUCAACUAUGGAUCAAGGACACAGUUCAGUCACUUUUAUUCCAGUGGUAGCAGACAUGGUAAUAUCACAGAAAGGCACAAAAAACACUAUAAUGAAACUUCCAAUAUGUCUAUCUAUGACAUCCUAAGACCAGGAACUCCUAGGGAAGGUUAUAAAACCUUUUCUCCUAGGACAAGGACAAUUUAUGAUAUGUACAGGACAAGGGAGCCCAGAGUCUUUAAAGAAGAUUAUGUGCAAAAGAAUACUUUUGGAAGUACUUCGCUGUGUUUUGACAGCAGACAACGGUCGGCCUUACCAGCCACAGGGCAUUUCACAGCAAGAAGCUUACAUUUUCCAGCCACAGCUCAGAACAAGAGUGGGUUUAUACCACCAAGGCACCAGCAGAGUCCAAAGAGAACUCCUUUAUCAUCCAUCAUAUGGAACAGAUCGGAUUCCUCUAGAGAUAGGGAGAACCAGGAAGAGUUCCUGAGGGCACCAUCACCAAUGGAAAUUGAUCCUGCUGACAAGUAUGUGUAUCCCAGGGGUUUUCAGGAGAAUAGGAGAUAUGAAUCGUACCAUUCACAGAAUGUUUACCAACGUGUUAGUUUAAAUGUUCCCAUGGAGAAUGCAAUGAGUCCUGACACUUUUGAGAACUCAGAGAAUAUGCCAUUCUACCAUCAAAGCAACCCAUUUGCCAGGUCUUUCUUCAGCAAUACCUUUGGACGAAGCGGAGAACAGAGGAGGUUUGGACAAAGUCCUUUUUGGAGCCAACAGAAAGGACAUUCUUUCUGGUCUGACUUUCAUCAAAGCAGGCAAUCAUUCAGUUCUUCUGACAGAGACUUUGAAAUGAUUUCCAUGGAAGCAAAUAGUGCAUCAGCCAUUCAUGGCCAUAGUGUUUCUUCUGAACACUGGGAAUCAUUUUCUUCUGGUUAUGGAACAGAUGUUUCCAGAGUCCCAGAAGAGCCACAUCCCUGGCAGUUUGAUUUUCAGACAUCCACACUGGAGAGCAUGGCGGUAUCACAUGGUAAUGAGACCAAAUUGACUUCUCAUUUUGGCACACCAAAUGUUUGCUCCAUGACUGGUUCAAGCUAUCACGUCAAAUCCGGUGAGUUGGUAAGCCAACAGGACAGUUCUCCCGUAGAAGUACAUAUAAACAAAGAAGCUUCCUCAUUUGGAAUUGCUCAGCCUCUAGCAUCCUCAUUCAAAACUUCCUUUCCCCAGACUUCUGAUGACAGAAGGAAUCCUCAGAGUCCCAACUUGCAGAAUCCCACAGUCACUUUGCAGAAAAUUAUUCCUAAUAAGCCUGCCUCUCAUCCAAUGAGAAGCCAUACAGAAGUCACUGUGACCAACAGCAAUUCAAUUGACUCUCUGCCUCUUGCCAAAAGCCAGCCCAUUAUCUUGGUCACAGAAGUGAAUAAUGAGAAAGACUUAAAUGAAUCUAUUUCAGAAGAAGAUAAACAGCUAAGCAAGAUGGACCAGACAAACAAGGUAGGUGAAGUACCCCAACCUGUUUCACAGAGAGGGAUCUUAAACUCUUUACCUGAUUUUCAAAAUCCUUUCUCCCAGGACUCAGCCAAGAGCAACAGAUUUGGUUUUAGUGCAUCUACCACAAUAAGUUCAAAAAAGUCACCCAGAGUCUUUUCCAGGAAAGAUACCUCCAAAAUGUAUACACCACACAAAGAUAAAUCCAAUGACAUUAAACAAGAUAAGAGGUUUACUGAGAACAGAAAACUUGGCUCAACGGCUUCCCUUCCUUUCAUUCAGGAACACAGAACACCACCAUCUUUCCCCAGGACAGACCAAGGUUGUCACCAGGAAUUAACUGUAAGUAAUGAAGAUAUUUCAAGCAUUAUUACAACCAACCACUGGAGCUCUGCACCAACUGAUAUUCAAAAUGCACAGUCUCCAGAAAAGCCUGUUAUUUUAGAUACUGAGGGAGAACAAUGUGCCACAAUUCAUUCUACCAACUGCGGCAAGUUGACUGCUGGCCACAAGACCUUGUGUGAUUCUUUAGAUCUGUCAUCAGCUGCACUACCAGAUUCCUCACCAUCAAAUAAUUCUUCCCUUGAUGCUCCUGUGGUUCCAUCUACUACAGUGUUCUCCAGGAGAAGUCCUUCAGACAAAGAUCCAUCGCUAGGAGAAAGAGAAGAAAAAGACAAUGCUGGGAAGAACCAAAAGAAUCAGUUUAUUUUAAGUCACUCAGAAAACCAAGAGAGAAAUGAUAGUCAUGUGCCUACACAUGAUGAAGUGGUUGAUGUCAAAUGCCAUUCACACUCUCCUUUUAGGAAUGAAAGAGGAAAAGGAAAAAUAAGGCAUCAUAUAUCCUGUAUUGAAAAGUUAAGCAAAACAGAAAGUAUAUCAGUACCCACCAGUGAUCACAGGAGCCUCAUUGAAGCAAAUCAAAGCAAUUCCAAAGUUUCUGAGCUUGACACAAUUUAUUGUACCUUGCCAAGAAAAUCAAACAGUUUUCUCGUACAUGGCAGGCAGUCAGGAAGUAAAAUAAUGGCUGCUUCACUGAGGAAUGGGCCACCUCCCUUCCAAAUCAAAAAUAAUGUGGAAGAUGCAAUGGGGAACCAUACAUUAAACAAAUUUAGUCCCAGUUCUCCUGAGUCAGCGAAUGAAUGUUCCAAAGUCAUUUCAGACGCAGCCCUGGAAGCACCUGAAGCCACAGAGAGAAUGACAAAUGUAAAAAGCAGUGGCUCUACUUCCAUUAGAAAAGGACCCCUUCCAUUCCUCAUUAACAGGGCUACGUCGUCUCCCUCAGGGGAGCCACAUGCCUCAACUGGAAGAGAAGAAAGAAAAAAGCCAUUGACCUCAGGCACGGAUGCUUCUGAGCUAAUGCCAAGGGCUUGGGAGAGAAUCAUUAGCCCUGUGGAAAGUGACUCAUCUGUUAGAGAUUGUUCUUUAACCAAACAACACCACCGAAAGGAAAACUCCCAAGAAUGCACUGAGAAAGAGGGUAAAAUGGCUGCCUCCAGGAGAAGUGUACUUGCCCUUUCAAAUGAAGACCCUUUACCUUUUUGUUCAGACUUGUCAGGAAAAGAACGUGGGAAAACAUUACAUAAAGUUAAGACAACUAGUACAUUUUCUGUUUCUGGUGAUGACGACAAUGUAAAAUGUCUGGAAGUGGUCUCAAUAUAUUAUACUCUACCAAGGAAACCCAGCAAAAAAUUCUGUAACCUCCUUCAACAGUAUGCACAAAAUACUAAUUCACUUACAGAAUCACCUCAAGUGGAGACUGAAACAUUUCCUAAUGCUUUAGAAAAAGACGAACAGAAUUAUUUUACACGAGAGCAGUCAGGAACACCGUCAUGUGAAAAUCUAAAGAUGUCAGUCAACUCUGAUCAGACGCUCACCUCUGAAAAUAUGACUGCCUUCCGAUUAUCAAAUAGGGGGCCCCUAGUGCCUACAUUACAGGAAAUGGCUUCUGUUGAGGCAGCUGUUUCUCUUCCUGAAGAGGAAUCUAAAGCUAGAGAGAUUUUUUCAGAUAAUUUAGCUAAAGCACCUCUAGGUGAUUCAGAAAACAAGAAAGAAAAAGGUAAAAAACUGCAAAGUGAAACCCUGCAUACUUUAUUGAUGCCUCAGAGAAAAAAUGUUUCCGAAGAAAAAUCUGAAAAUUGUCAACAAUCCAUUAAUUCAAGUAACAGUGGUCCCUCUAGUCUUCCAGCUCUUUCAGAAGUUAAUAUUGGAAAUUCCCAAGCCAGAAGAAAUUCUUGGGAGUGUACAGGGAGUGGUAGAGCCAUUCCUUUUACUGGAAGUGGGAAGUGUCCUCAGAAAGAUCACACAUCCACAACUGUAGGUGAUGGCUCCAGUGGAUCACAGCCUAGGGAAGGCAGAGGGGACAUCGGAACCAACUGCCAAAAAAUGACUAAUAAAACACUUUCUCACUCAGAGAGUCAAGUCUUUGCUCUUACUCCAGCAUUGCAUAAACUACAGCUUGGUGAGGAGACUCAGUCAGAUGAACUAAAUUUAGAGAGUCUGCAGUCUGAACCCAGAGAAUUACCUCGAAGAAGUCAGGAGGCAAAUAUGACAGAGAGCAGGAAGGCUGAAGAUGAAAUGCAGAAAUCAGCUUGGGAUCAACCUUCACUUCCUGAAGGAAACAAUAAAAAUAAAACCAACUCUGAUGACCUAGUAAAGGGGGAAAAUAGAUCUUCAGUUAAACACAGAUUGGCAGUCAUGUCUAAAGCAAACAGAAAAUUCCCAGCUAAAGAUGUAAGCCCCAGAAGACAUGUAGCUACUAUCUUCCCCCAAAGUGGAAGCAGAUCUGGCUUUGACCAUUUAUCUCUUGGCACAGUGGAGUGCAACCCACUGUUCCCUGAGCCUACUCCAAAAUCUGCAGAGUCCAUAGGCGAAAGCAGGUUGAGUGAGGAUGGAAAGCAUGUGAAGAAAUCUGAGAACCCUAUCCCCAUUACUGUACUACCCAACAGAGAACCCUCUACACACAUCAGCAACCAGAAGUCUAACAGCAUUUCACAACGACAUCAGAACGAGUUUAAAAAUGUCUCAGAAUCACCAUCAAAGCAUGAGAUUUCUAAAGAUGUCACAGUAGCUGAGAAUUUAGAAAGAGAAUCAGGAGCCCCAUCCCCCAUCACAUUCACCAGCCUCAGGGAAGCAGAAUUCUCUGACGAUCAGAGGAGGCUGAGCCCUCCUUUUCCACUGGAGCCUGCACAGAAAUCUAGAGUAAGCAUCCCACUGGCCAGUUUGCGGCGGCAACAAAGGAGUGCUUCAUCUCUGGAGUGGGAACCUGAGCCACACCUCUAUCGUUCAAAGAGUUUAAAAAACAUUAAUGUGCAUGGCGAUCUACUACGAAAAAGUCAUCCUCCAAAAGUCAGAGAGCGCCAUUUUUCUGAAAGCACGUCUAUUGACAAUGCCCUGAGUCGACUGACACUUGGAAAUGAAUUCUCUGUCAACAAUGGGUACAGUCGAAGAUUCAGAUCUUUUUCUGAACUCCCCUCCUACGAUGGAAAUGAAAGUUGGGCUUAUCGCAGCGGUACAAAAACAGGUCCCAGGUCUGCAACAUCUAUAUACAGACCUAUCGACUAUGGGAUCUUUGGGAAAGAACAACAAUUAGCUUUCUUAGAGAAUGUAAAGAGGUCACUUACACAAGGAAGAUUAUGGAAACCAAGUUUUCUUAAGAACCCUGGCUUCCUAAAAGAUGAUUUGAGGAACCCUCCCAACCCCUCAGAGUCGUCAAGCUCAAAUUCUCCCAGUAGUCAGAUGCCAGAAGAUGGCUUAUCUCCAAGUGAACCGCUUAAUAUCUAUGAGGAUGACCCAGUGGACUCAGAUUGUGACACAGACACAACCACAGAUGAUGAAUACUACCUGGAUGAAAAUGACAAAGAGUCAGAACUGUGAGGCUUUUUCAUUAAAAUGCUUUACCUUUUUCACCAAAAGCUUAUAAUGGAACUGAGGUGUAUGUGUGCAUGUACAUGGGAGGAUAAAAGAUCUAGUCUGGGCAGUGUCUGCUCUGAAAUGUCCCACAUCUCCUUUUUUUCCUCCACACCCUAUAUAGAUACUUCCUGAAUGUUAGAACAAUGAAUUCUUGUUUUGGGAUAGUCUCUGCUAUUUUCUCUCUCUGUAAAUGUUCUUAGCCUGCCUUUCUACCACUCCCACUUAAUCCCUAAUUCACUGUCUGAUUUGGGCUUUCUACUUUACUUCCCUCCUAACAUUUUUCAUCUUUAAUUGUGAUUUACAACCCUAAUAUCCCAGGCACACAUACAAAACUUACUAAUUACCCCGCAGAACUGUGAAACUCUGUAUGGCUUCUUCCAGUCCACACCCUAUACUCAUGACAUUAAAUAAAAGGUAGGGAUGAUAACAGUGGGGUAAAUAUUAUCAUCCUGUUUGACUCAUGAACAUUUAUGAAGUUUAAGGUGAUGAUCUUCUCUUUCAAACAAAGAUAAAGGAAUUUUUUUUUUAACCUGAGAAACUGCAAAAAGGAAAAAAAAAAAAAA